AUGAGUAGUCCGCAAUCAACCAAGCUCUUCACUUCGACAAAGGUCGGUGCGCUGGAUCUCCUGCACCGAGUUGUGAUGGCGCCGUUGACUCGGAACCGUGCCGAGGCGGGGACAGCCAUCCCGGCCGACUUUGCAGCCGACUACUACGCCCAACGUGCCUCACCCGGUGGCUUGCUCAUCUCCGAAGGAACGUUCAUCGCGGAGGAGGCUGGUGGCUACAAACACGUCCCAGGAAUCUACUCCCCCGGUCAAAUCAAGGCCUGGAAGCACAUUACGGAUGCUGUCCACGCCAAAGGCGGGUACAUCUUCUGCCAGCUCUGGGCUCUAGGCCGAGUUGCUGACUCGAAUAUGGUUCCUGUUGUAUGGAGCGCCGGAUCGAAGCCCUUUGUGACAAAGGGUCCUCACCCGAUGCGUAGCGAUGACUCAUCGCUCGUCAAGUUGACGGUCAUGGAACCGGCCGAUAUCGACCGGUUUGUUGGCCAUUAUCGACAAGCAGCAUUGAACGCGAUCGAGGCAGGCUUCGAUGGAGUUGAAAUCCACGGGGCGAAUGGCUACCUCAUUGACCAGUUUCUCCAUAGUUCGUCUAAUGACCGUACGGACUCAUAUGGAGGAAGCAUCGAGAACCGCAUACGCUUCCCCCUUAGAGUUCUGACGGCCGUCUGCGAGGCCAUUGGCCCCGACCGCGUCGGCAUCCGGAUGUCACCCUUCUCCUUCUUCCAGGGUAUGCGAGAAGAGAACCCCCUUUCUUUGUUCGUUCCCUGGACGGAAGCUAUUACUAAGGCUCAACCAUCUCUUGCAUUUGUACACGCCGUCGGGCCCAGAGCCCUGGGGUCGAUAGACACACCAAAGCACUUGGAAAAUUCCGACGAUUGUCUUGACGUGAUCCGGGAAGUGGUCAGCAAGGCUGGAGUAAAGCUCAUCACCGCCGGGGGCUUUCUUCCCGAUACGGCUAUGCAGCACACGAUUGAAACGGAUGACCUUGUUGCAUUUGGGAGAUACUUUAUCUCGAACCCCGACCUUCCGGCCAGGAUCAAGAAUGGAUGGCCUCUUCGCAAGUACGACCGAUCAACAUUUUACACUCAAACCACAGAAGGAUACACCGACCUCUCUGCUUACAACGCGAGACUUUGA